UUGGCACUGACACUAUUGCUGGAUUUUUGGUGAUGUUCUGCUCCUUCGUGCUGAAGCAGCGUUUCAUAUACAGCCCUGGUCUAAAACUGUACUGACAAAGGGCAAAUAAUCUGAGUGCAGUCAUGAAGCAGUGGCUGUGCUAUUUUCUGUGCCAGCUAUUCCGUAAACAUUCAGAGCAGAUGGUACUUUCAGAGUUGGAACAGCAAAGUUACAUGCUCUUUUCCAGUGAUACAGGCCUUCUGUUGAAUUCUCCUAGUGGGUUAACAGGAACAGCCUGAUAGAGGUCCUUUUCCAAACAGACGUGGAUGAUGCCAGAGCUAUGACAGGGGCUGCAGCCUUGGCAGUGAAGGGUGGUGAUCAGUUAUGGAACAGCCAAAGGAGGAAGUACCUGAGGUCAGGGAAGAGGAGGAGGAAGAGGAAGAGGCAGUGACAGCAGUAGGUGGAGCCUCAGACCCAAAUGAAGGACCAGAUAAUUCAGCACCUUCUAUCAGCUACACAGAUCUUUCACAGAGUUCUUCUCCUUCUCUGUCGGACCAACUCCAGAUGGGCUGUGAUGAGGCAACUUCAGGAAGUCUGAACGUAGAAUGCAGGGUCUGUGGUGACAAGGCAUCAGGAUUCCACUAUGGAGUGCAUGCAUGUGAAGGUUGCAAGGGCUUCUUUCGUCGAACAAUACGUAUGAAGUUGGAGUAUGAGAAAUGUGAGCGGAACUGCAAGAUUCAGAAAAAGAACCGAAACAAGUGCCAGUACUGCCGCUUUCAGAAAUGCCUCUCCCUAGGCAUGUCACACAAUGCCAUUCGUUUUGGGCGUAUGCCAGAAGCUGAAAAAAGGAAACUAGUGGCAGGACUAACAGCUACAGAGAUUAACUGCCAGAACCAGCAGCUGGCUGACCUGAAAGUCUUUUCCAAGCACAUUUAUAAUGCCUAUCUGAAGAAUUUCAAUAUGACCAAAAAGAAAGCACGAGGUAUCCUGACAGGGAAAGCUAGCAGCACCCCGCCUUUUGUGAUUCAUGACAUGGACACUCUGUGGCAAGCAGAAAAGGGACUGGUGUGGAAACAGCUGAUAAAUGGGCUACCACCAUACAAGGAAAUUGGUGUUCAUGUUUUUUACCGCUGCCAGUGCACAACAGUGGAGACAGUGCGAGAGCUUACAGAAUUUGCCAAGAGCAUCCCUAGCUUCAUCAGCCUUUAUCUUAAUGAUCAAGUGACUCUGCUGAAAUAUGGGGUACAUGAAGCCAUCUUUGCCAUGCUUGCCUCAAUCAUGAACAAGGAUGGACUCUUAGUAGCCAAUGGGAAUGGCUUUGUGACACGUGAGUUCCUGCGUAGCUUGCGCAAGCCCUUCAAUGAAAUAAUGGAGCCCAAAUUUGAGUUUGCUGUGAAGUUCAAUGCGCUGGAGCUGGAUGACAGUGACUUGGCUCUAUUUGUAGCUGCCAUCAUCCUGUGUGGAGACCGCCCUGGUUUGAUUAAUGUCAAACAGGUAGAAGAGAUUCAAGACAAUAUCCUUCAAGCCCUUGAGUUCCACCUGCGGGCCAAUCACCCUGAUACACAAUACCUCUUCCCUAAGCUGCUGCAGAAAAUGGCUGAUUUGCGCCAGUUAGUUGCUGAGAAUGCUCAGCUGGUGCAGAAGAUCAAAAAGACAGAGACAGAGACUUCUCUGCACCCUCUUUUGCAGGAAAUCUACAAGGACAUGUACUGAAGAGCCUGCAUUCAUGGGAUAGGCUGAAGCCAUGGAAAACAGAAAAAUGCUUUGUACAUUUGCAAAAACAAACUCAUCUUUGUUUUCUGUCCCUUCUACUGAAGUUGCUUUUUUAUAUAAUUGCUGUGUACUGUGCACAGGGGUAUACAGCAGAAGACUUGGCAUCUGCCAUAUGGUGGUAGGUCAGGGCUUCCGUUAACAUACACUAAAUGAAACUUUAAGGCACAUCAUAAGCUAAAUAUCUGUUUUUAUAGUUCAGCUGUUACACUGUUACAGAUCAGCUGAUGAUGCGUUUACACACACCUAAAAUACUCUUGGACUAUGCAUUUGGAUUGUUCUGUUGGUCAACACAGAUUGUGUCCAGAUAAUUAAAUCAAAAUGGUAGCUUGUCUGGCAGGUACAGGAACAGCACUUACAUCAUAUGUCUGUUGCAUAUUCUUAUACUGCACUCUAGCUCUAGCUUGGCGCUCGGCCAUAAAUUCAAGGAUGUUACAAAGAGGAUAUGUGUGUAAAUAUAUCUGUACAAAUUUCCCAAAGAAACCUCUUAAGUAUUUGAUGAAGGGUACGAACACUCCAUGUGGAGACUCUUUGAGGGGAAAAGUUUUGGCCUUUUCCUUCAGUGCACAAAAACAGAUAUGCCUUCUGCAUGAAAGGCCAUAUCUCCUAUCCUCCAUUUUCAUUUAUUUUCUCUUUGCAUUGGUCUACAGUGCAGUUUGUUGAAGCUCUUUAUAUAUAUGUAUAAUGCUUCCUUCCAUACUCAUGAGAGAAGUGCUUUUUUUUACACUGCACUUCGGUGCUCGCCAAAUAAUAUAGAUAAACCUGAGUAAGGGUAAGGGUAGGAUUUUGCUCUUGGAUGGUAUGGUAGUUGCCAAAAGUCCAUUUGCUUCCUUCAUUUGAGCAAAAGUAGAUAAGACACUCCAUGAAAUUUUUUUAGGUGGGGGGAUGGUUAUAAGCAUUUAAUUAUCUCUUUGUCUAAGAGAAUAUAAUAUGGAUCCCAUUUUUAAAAGGGCAGCACUCAGACCUAUGGGACUGUGGUGAUUUGAGGAUGUUACAGAAAGACAGCGAUGAUUGCACCUCCCCACCUUUACUAGGUCUUCCAAAACUGCCAGAGACAUCUGAAAGGGUAUUCCUGAUAUGUGAAUUGCAUCUGUGCCUUUCCUGCAAGGAAAUACAGCAUGAUAUGUGCUGUGUUUGCCCACUUUUUUCUUCACCUUUGUUAUUAGUGUUAGCAGGAACCACUGCAUAACCACAGAAUAUUUUAGCAUUUCCUCUCGAUGUUCACAAUAAUUUCUUUUACAUUUUGCAAGAGUUCAGAGCAGACUCGAUAACACUCCUCUUAACCUUCUGCAUUCUCACUGUAGUCCACAAGGAUCUCACCAGAUACUGUACCUUUUGCCACUUUCAGCCUAGUUAGUACAGAAGCUCUCCUGUUGUAGGAAUGGAUUGUCAUGAGAAUGUGUGGCCCAUGUGAGGCUGUUUUGGAUAGCCAUGAUUGAUUAAUUGUGAGACUUGUCAGAUUUCUUCCAUCUCUGGCUUCAUAUUCUCAGCAUCAGUGGCAUCAGAUUAAAUCAUGCUAGAGAACAUCUAAGACCUUGGCACUGAGAUUCUAGUAAUUCUUGUUUCAUGGCCUAGGCAAGCUUAUUUAUUUCAGUACAUUUUCACAUGGAUUUCAUGCUGGGAGAGGGUGUUAAUUAUUGUUGGAAGAAUACAGUAAUAAAAUGGCAGAUAGAAUGUAAUAAUUUCACUAAUGUGCAGUGACAGAUGUUCAGGUGAUGGAAACUUUGUUUGAACUUACCAGUUGUCCCAACCAUUUCAGCUCAAAUCAUGUACUUGUUUUCCUGGACUUCCCAUCAGCAGUUUUAACAUUUUGUCUUCCUGGCUAGACUUAGGGAAAGAGCUUUCAAUAGCCUAAAUUGUGGCAUUAGGAGGUACAUUUCAUUCUGCUCAGAAGGGAGCAUAGUUCAGUGAUAGAGCAAAUGCUUUGCAUGAGAAAGGGGCCAGGUUCAAUCUCUGGUAAAAAGCAUCCCAAAGUAGUCUAUAUGGAGUUCUUAUCUCAGAGACUCUGGAGAGUUACUGCUAGUGUUACGUGAAACAAUGCUGGGCUACAUGGACAAAGGGCAUUAGUUUCAGACAACUUCCAAUGCUGCAUAUUGUAACAUAUAACUUUAAUUUAGAUUUUCUUUGACUGUAUGAGGAGAAGGGAAAUAGCAAUUAUGGCUCUCUUGAGUCCUUCCACACUACACAAUUAUGGCACUUUGAUUCCACUUUGUUUGUAAUUUGGUGAGGAAUAUUUCGAAUUCUCAUCCAAAGAGUUUAGUACAUCAACAACACUGCAAACCUUAGGAUUCCAUAGGAUGUUGUCAGGGCAAUUAGAGUGGAAUCAUAGUGCUACAACUGUAUACUAUGAAAGGAGCCUCUCUCUUUUUCUGUGAUUGUAGCUCUCUUGUCCAUGUAAGCCACCUAUCUGUGGGAGCUUGAUGUGUAGUGAGGGAAUGGGUCACAUGCCUCUCAGACUUUGGGAUCUUUUUCAGGCAAUUUAACAGUCUGUCAUAUUUACAGACUUACUCCUAUUACAGUCUAAACCCUGUACUUUAUAUUUUAACAACUCAUCUGGUAGGUAGUCACAGCUAGUUAUUCAGAAGAGUGAGUCUUUUGAUGCCAGGUUACCUGUCUGGUAGUGUGGACAUACAACAAAAAAGAAAAGCCCUAUUUGUACAACUGCAGAAGAAAGAAUUAGUCAUGGGAAAGUCAUAGUAUGUGGUGGAUACCCUAACUUUGAGACUGAUUUUUAACUAGAUUGCAACAAGGGACCUACUUUAAACAGCACAUGCAUCAAGAAGGUGGUUCCCAGCAGGAAAGGGAUGGAGCCCAUUCUUAUAAAACAAAAUGACAGUGACAGUAGUACUGUGACCCACCUCAGAGUCCCGACCCACUUUGUUAAAAGACCUGUCUUGCAGUUUUGCAGUAACUCGUUCCAUUACAUUGCUUAGUAGAGAAAAUUCUCAAAAUAUCUUAUGAGCACUAUUUGUGGUGUUUUGGAUCUUACCUAUACCAAAUACAAAAUAAAGGCCUACUGUGCUCAGAAUUUAGCUGUUUCUUAAUACCUUUGCAAUCUCCUGAGAUCAUGGUUGGUAGGGAAGUUGACAAAUAUGUUGAGUGUCCUACCAUUUCUAAUCUCAGGGACCACCAGCACUUGGGCAGCAAAUCCAUGAAAUACUUUUCUUUCCUACACUCCAAGAUUUUUUGUAGUUGUUGAGGAUAGAAAAAUUCCAGUCACUACCUACACAUAAUUCCUUUGUGUAAUUGGCCUGAAUGUUGUUGUUAGUGCAGGAAAAGCAAAGUUUUUAAUCUUCACAAUCUUCUUUCAGCUCUGCACUGAAUUACCUGCUGGUACUUGACUCUGUUGUGCCUCUAUUUCCAAAUUGGAACGAUCCGCCUCUACCUCACAGGAACGGUGUGAGGCUGAUGGAAUGUGUCUUAGUAAAGCAGUUUGGAGUAUUUAUGUAGCAGGAGCCAGAGAUGGGCAAAUCACUGAAAAUAUUUUGUGUGUGUGUGUGUGUUUUAAAAACUUUGCAAAAGCCUUGGGCCUGUAUCUUCACCAGUACCUUUUGAAGGUCACUUCACCUGAUGCCGUGCUUUCCCUCAGGAGUUGCUGGACAUAUAUUUUUGUGCUUGAGGAGUAUGCAGUCUCUCUUCUCUGGGAGGGGAUAAAUGGGAUAUUGUAGCAAUCUUCAAAUUGAAAUGUAUAUUUUUGCUAGAAGUUCAAACUCCAGGUGUUUUUAAUAAUAUAAAUAGUGACUGACAGCUUUAUAUAAAUUGGAAAUAAAUAUUUAAGAAACUA